AACGGGGCGUGGCUAACGCGGCUCGCGGAGCAGGCGACCGCCGCGAUUGGCUGGAGGCUCGCGUGACGCAGGAGCAGGCCAUCGGUCCACUCUGAGAUGCGUCGGUGGGAUCCGUGCGUCAAAGCGCAGAGUCCGCUGAGUCUCUCCCCGCUCCAGCUCCGUCGCCGCCAUGCUGACCCACCUGUUCCGUAUGCACGGCCUCCUGGUGGCCUCGCACCCCUGGGAGGUGAUCGUCAGCACCGUCACCCUCACCAUCUGCAUGAUGUCCAUGAACAUGUUCACCGGCAACGACCAGAUCUGCGGCUGGAACUUCGACUGCCCCAAGACAGAAGAGCAGAUUUUGAGCAGUGACAUCAUCAUCCUGACAAUCACCCGCUGCAUCGCCAUCGUCUACAUCUACUUCCAGUUCCAGAACCUGAGACAACUCGGAUCCAAGUAUAUUUUAGGCAUCGCUGGUCUUUUCACCAUAUUCUCCAGCUUCGUGUUCAGCACGGUCGUCAUUCACUUUCUUGACAAGGAGCUGACAGGCCUCAACGAGGCUUUGCCCUUCUUCCUGCUUCUCAUCGACCUGUCCAAAGCGUGCGCUCUGGCCAAGUACGCCCUGAGCUCCAGUUCCCCGGAUGAAGUGAGGGACAACAUUGCUCGUGGCAUGGCCGUGCUGGGACCGACCUUCACCCUGGACGCCCUGGUGGAGUGCUUGGUGAUCGGAGUAGGAACCAUGUCAGGCGUGCGGCAGCUGGAGAUCAUGUGCUGCUUUGGCUGCAUGUCCGUCUUGGCCAACUACUUUGUGUUCAUGACCUUCUUCCCAGCGUGCGUCUCCCUGGUGCUGGAGUUGUCCCGUGAGAGUCGGGAGGGCCGUCCCAUCUGGCAGCUGAGCCACUUCUCCCGCGUGAUGGAGGAGGAGGAGGACAACAAACCCAACCCGGUCACGCAGAGAGUCAAAAUGAUCAUGUCUCUGGGCUUGGUGAUGGUUCACGCCCACAGCCGCUGGAUCGCUGAGCCCUUGUCCAUCAACGACACAUUGGGAAUCCCGCAGGUCGGCAUGGAGUUUGACAAGUUCUCACCCAGGAGGAUCGAGCCAGAGAAACCACUUUGGCAUUUCUACCUGACGAGGAUGAUCACCAUGGACGCAGAGCAGGGGAUCUGUCUGGCUCUGGCCCUUCUGCUCUCGAUCAAGUACAUCUUUUUCGAGCAGGUCGAGAUGGAGUCCACCCUUUCCCUGAAGAACCCCAUGACCAUGUCUGCCCCCGGCCUGACCCUGCGGCGGCCCACCGAAACCUGCUGCAGGAAGGAGCCGCCAGCCCCCCGACCCCUGGACCGCCCCCACAGCACGGCUGUCCCGGCAACUGGCGACAAGGAAGAGAGAGAUGAGGUCAUCCGGCCCCUGUCGGCCCUCGCUGCGGAGAACCAGUCGAAGAGCACUUUCAUCGUGGGGGAUGAAGAGAAAGAGCUCAAGUCUGAAGCUGCCGUGCCGAGCCUCCCCCUGGAGCCCAGAGGCCUCGACCAGUGUCUCGCCAUCCUCAACAACCCUGAGCUCGGGCCUCGUUUCCUGAGUGACGCCGAGGUGAUGCUGCUGGUCAACUCCAAACACAUCCCUGCGUACAAGCUGGAGGCCGCGAUGGAGAGACCCGAGAGGGGCGUGGCCAUACGCAGACAGAUGAUCUCUGAAAAGCUGCCCUCCCCUUCUGCACUCUCCUCCCUGCCGUACACCCACUAUGACUACUCCAAGGUGAUGGGCACCUGCUGUGAGAAUGUGAUCGGCUACAUGCCCGUACCGGUGGGCGUGGCCGGGCCGCUGCAUCUGGAUGGGAAGCAGUUCCAGGUUCCCAUGGCAACCACAGAGGGCUGCUUGGUUGCCAGUACCAACCGCGGCUGUCGAGCGAUUGCUCUGGGAGGCGGAGCCAGCAGUCGCAUCCUGGCCGACAGCAUGACUCGAGGACCCGUAGUGAAGAUGCCCUCCGCCUGCCAAGCUGCAGAGGUGAAGGCCUGGCUGGAGAGCGCCGACGGUUUCCAGGCCAUCAAAGAAGUCUUUGACAACACCAGCAGAUUUGCUCGGCUUCAGAAAUUGUUGGUUUGCGUGGCUGGGAGAAAUCUGUACAUCCGCUUCCAUUCCAAGACUGGAGAUGCCAUGGGGAUGAACAUGAUCUCGAAGGGUACAGAGCAGGCCCUGAGCAGACUGCAGCAGCAGUUCCCAGACGUGCAGGUGGUGGCCAUCAGUGGGAACUUCUGCACCGACAAGAAACCUGCCGCCAUCAACUGGAUCGAAGGCAGGGGCAAGUCGGCCGUCUGCGAAGCCACCAUCCCCGCGAAAGUGGUCAGAGAGGUUUUAAAAACGACGACAGCGGCUCUGGUGGAGGUGAACAUCAGCAAGAACCUGGUGGGCUCGGCCAUGGCCGGGAGCAUCGGUGGAAACAACGCCCACGCAGCCAAUCUGGUGGCCGCGAUCUACAUCGCCUGUGGACAGGAUCCUGCCCAGUCAGUGGGAAGCAGUAACUGCAUCACCCUGAUCGAGGCCACAGGGCCGACCGGGGAGGACUUGCACAUCAGCUGCACGAUGCCGUCUAUAGAGCUCGGCACUGUGGGAGGAGGCACCAACCUGCCCCCGCAGCAAGCCUGUCUCCAGAUGUUGGGGGUGCAGGGCGCCUGUCAGAACUGUCCUGGAGAGAACGCCCGGCAGCUGGCCAGGGUGGUGUGUGCCACCGUGCUGGCUGGAGAGCUCUCGCUGAUGGCUGCUCUGGCUGCUGGACACCUGGUCAAGAGUCACAUGACACACAACAGAUCCAAGGUGAAUCUACAGGAGACUCCGGGAACGUGCAGCAGGAAAGCCUCUUAAAAGCACGAGCGCAGCGGUGAGCCCUGAUCACUGGAUGGAGCAGUCGAUCCAGGAAACUAUGGACAAUCUGAAAGGGACCAAAUCAUUCAUCACCGAACUGCAGACCUCAAGACACCAACAUGAAAGGGAUGCAAGCAAGCUAAUCAGACUAUUCUUUGGGAGUAUAUUAAUGUUCUGUAUCUGGUUGUGUCGUAUGCAGCCAGCUAGACUACGUUAAUUUCUUUUGUUGCCACGGUGAAGAAAAGCUGUCAGUCUUUUGGGGGGAAAUAAGUGACUUGGGUUUGAAUAAAAAAAAACAUUUCUGCUCUCCUGA